AUGAGUGAAAAUCGAUCGGAGAAAUUGAAUUUAUCAGAUGAGAACAAAAUCUGCGGAGGUUUUAGUUCACCGAAUCCGAAAAUUCUCUCCCGUGUGCAAGCCUCUUUAAAUGAGAGUAUUACCCGGAUCCGUAUUGGCCGAGCAAUUCGUCGACGUAAAGUCGCGGCCGAACUGAAUCACGUCAAUCCGCCGGAGAAUGUGACCUCGAAAAAGCAUUCUGGUUGCUGUAAUGGACAUCAUAACGGCCGCCUACCCUGUGUUGCGGGAAAUCGUGUCGAUCUGUCCCCAGACGGGACAAUUCAAGUUCACAAAAUCGAACCGAAGCGAGGGAACAAAAAUGUUUUGGACUUGUUCCAUCUUCCCCCAAUUCCUUACUCGUUGCUGCUCACCAAGCCAUCCAGAAACGAUCGACGCACACGAAAGCGUGACCGUUCGCCCUACUUGAUCCGCGAGAUCGAUUUGAACAGACUGAUACCACCACGAUGUCUGCCGCAACCGUGUGACCUCAAUCCAACCCAAUCAUUGAUCGAAGCCGAGACACAGGCUCGAAACUAUGUGCAAUCCCGCCGCACUUGUUGCAUCAAAUCCUAUCCCAUGGUCCCGAAAGCCACAUCCACUGUGUUAGACAAUCUGUGGUGUGAGACGAGGAGCCAACUGCGUCGUCAUUUCAUCGAAUCUACGGUGCCGGAUGAGCCCAGACUGCUCGGUCUGUCCACAUUGCGUAGAUCAACAAGGCAACUGGCCUCGUCCACGAGGGAGGUUUCAUUUACCGAAGACGUGCUACCAGAACAAACGAUCCAGUCGAAAAGAGAGCCGGAUUUGGUAACGAUUGAUCUGGAUGUGCUAGACGCAGCAGUUCAUUGUUGUGUAUAA